AUGGUUUUCGCAAAGUAUCUUGGGUUUAAAAAAACCAUCCAAUUAGAUCGGAAAAGGCUUGUGGAAUUGCUAGAUUUGAAUCAGAACGGGACACUUUUAUGGGAUGAGUUUGCAGCCGCUGUCCAGUUGGCACAUGAGCGGAGGAUGGGACAGCCAGGUCGUCGGAGAGUUACUGCUGACAAGCCCAAAGAAGAAGAUUAUUUCUAUGCGAAUCCUCAAGAGUGCCUUUGUGAGAGAACAAGUUGUGAUGAUUUAUUGGGCCCUGACAUGCCUAAAGAGCUUUGUAGGCGACAGCAGAAAGAUCGCCUGAAGUUAUACCCCGGCGUCUAA